CCUCUCCACCUCCUCCUCCCUACCUGGCUCCUUCCUUGUCUCUGUCCUCUUCUGCGUCCUUGCUGUCCCCACCCUGGCUCCUUCCCCCAGCGAGCGGCUCGCUUUCCUUUCCAGGCUUGCGCUCUGCAGCCGCGGGAGCCGGCCGCGCGGAGUCGGAGGAACUGGUGCUGAGGCAGCGGUUCGCGCGGGAUCCGGACUCAAGGACCCAAGCCCGCGCGGAGCUGGGACAGGGGGCGCGCUCGCCCGCCGGGCGCCCUCCUGCCCGCGAUGGGCUGCUCCAGCAGCGCCCUCAACAAGGCCGGCGACGGCAGCAGGCCCCGCACCGUAACUUCAAAUAUAUAUUUUUCAACCACAGAAGAAAGUGAGUCCUGCUUUGUCCAACCAAAACCACGUACACUGGGAAGAGAAUCUACGUUAUAUGGCAAGGUACAAAAGGAAAGCCUUCCUCGACUAGAAAAGCUCAAGAUUUCAGCCGUGUCUACAGCUAAUGGUGUUAAAUCCCUCCAUGAACAGCCCCUGGCAAAGGAUGCUGCAGACCCACCAGGAUCCACAGAGGAAACUCAGCCUCUUAAGGGACUGAAGGAGUCUGGGUCACCUCAGUCAGGUGGCAAAGAUGAUACUCCAGGAGCAGGAGAAAAGAAGAAGGACGCGGAAGCAUUGACAGAGGCUCAGCCUUUUAAAGGAAACGCUGAGACCGAACCUUUAGGAGCAGAAGCCAAGAGUCAACCUUUGAGGACAGCGGGAGAGACGGACUCUCCUGGAACAGUGGAAGGUACUGAGAAUCCACAAGCUGCAGGAGAGAUGACACCUCGAGGAACAGCUGAGAAAAUUCCACCUCUGGAAGCAGCUAGAGAGCCACAAUCUCAAGAAGCUCUGGGGACGGAUGAACAGUCCCAACUCCCAGAAACAGUUCCCAAGGAGAUGGAAUCUCCAGAAAUAUUGGAAGGAAGUCAGCUUGUGGAAACAGCUGAAAAGCAGCAACUUCAAGAAACAUUGGGAGAAGAUGAGCAGUCCCAACUUCUAGAGAUGAUUCCCAGAGAGAAUGGAACACCAGAAGUAUCAGACAGAAGUCAGCUUAUGGAAACAGCUGUCAAGAAUGAUUCGCUCCAUAAAACUCCUGAAGGUCCAGGAGACAUGGAGCAGAUCCAACCUGAAGGAAUAGUUGGAAACAUGGAACAUCCAGCAGGAAUUCUAGAGACGGGGGCAAAUGUGGAAACGGUCAGGAAAAUUCACGCUAAUGAAGAGGACCAACACGUUGAAGGUGAAACAGAAGAAGAGGUUGAAACAGAGAUGGAGAAUGAGAAAGUAAGUGAAGGGGCUGAAACAAAAGAAGAAGAAACAGGAGAAGCUGUGGGUCUUUCAGCAGCCACAUAGAUAGGUAUGGUGAUGGAAGGGUGAACCGACACAGCGUAUUAUAACAGAGAAGACAGAAAGCUGCAGUGAAGUUUGUGGUUACAGAUCUUAUCUUUCAACAUCUACAUGUUUUAUACAAGGAGUGUGGUUAUCAUGUUCUUGAUUACAUUGUUCCAUAAAACUGCUAAGCUGUGAACAGUUUUUCUAGCUACUUACAAUUCAAAACUACAAAAAAAAAAAAAAAGAAAAAGAAAAGUAUGAUAGCCAGAGCCAAUACCAACUAGGGUAUAUGUUCGUUUAAGAGUGUGAGGGUGUUUUCUUCACUGUGGCAAUGGGUCCAUUCAGUGUAGAAAAUGAGACCCUAAAAGAAAGUAUAAACCUUUAAGUAUAGGUGGCUGGAGAAAGGAGUUAGCAGAUUUUAGGGAGCUCAUGAUAAUAAAGUCAUACAGUUGGAAUUAGGAUGGAGUAAGAAUGAUCAACAAUAACCGGGCAAACUAUACCUAGUAUUUCUUUCCUAUCACAGAAUUUAGAGCUAGUGGGAACCUGGGAAAGUAUGUCAUCUAAUUACCUUCUCACCUUAAGUCUAUCUACUACCAUACAUCCUUAUUGAUCAUGGUGUA